AUGUCCUGGCUACGCAAUGACGAUUACCGGCUAUAUCGAUUCAGGGCCUCUCAUGUCCUGGAUACACCAGCAUUUGCCAGGUGGGCAUUACAUAUUUGGGAGUUGACAGAUGAGGCACCAGGAGGGAAAUGGUACUGGGAAAUGGGCACAGCCGGCCUAACAACACCAGCAAGACUGCGAAUCAUCCUUGCACCGCCAGCACAGCCCAGGCAAGGCACCGUCUCCGAAAUCACGGAAUUCUACCGCCUCCUAGGCAUACCAAGCGACUUCACUACAGAGUACACCCAAGCCGUUAGCCACAGUUUUUCUCACAGAACAGAAGGCGACGGGUCAUGGUGUGCCUGGUUUCACUUCCUUUGCAAAAACGUCAGUGUCCAGCGAGAGGAGGGCCAACCUCCAGAAGUGGCCCGUCGGACGCCGAGUUUUGGUCGUCCGUUAUCGACAUUACCAAAUGCUGAUUACGGUUGGUUUCGGUCAAGUUUCUUCCUCCGUAGGGACGGGGAUUCCGUAACACUAGUUUGUUUUGGUGCCAUGACCGGUGUGCGAGGUCGAGUUGGUCAUUUUAUAGACAGUAAGGCCUGGGACGACGUGCUUGUAAAUCCGUAUAUUCUGUUCGACAUUGUGUUGGAGGGGCUGUAUUUUGAUGUCGAUCAAAUGGUGUGGAAUAUGAAUAUUGUCUUUGGGCCAAUAGAGCAUAAAAUGCUUGAAAGCGCCCACAACAAGGACUUCAAGAAACUCAAUUCGGAGCUAUCCUUUGCAGCUGUCCACAACUGCGCCAAACACAUCAUCUUCCUAGGCGAAGUUCUCGAAUCGUGUACCAUGCUUAUAGACGGAGCUAUAAACAACACACCCAAAGCUUCACGGUCUGAGACGCAAUCCCCAAGCCUCGUCCAGGAACAGCUCAUAGAAACAUUGCGCUACCGCCGCACUCUAUUCCGCUCCACACAGCUCCGUCUGUCUAGUCUCCAGAAGAGAAUCGACAAUGUUAUAGCACUGGCGUUCAACCUAGUCACGCAGCAGGGUUCCACGGCAAUGAUGCAAGAUUCGAGAGUGAUGAAGGCCAUUGCAGCUAUCACCAUUGUCUUUUUGCCGACGACGGGUGUGGCAACCGUCCUCGGAUCACAGCUAUUUGUGUCGGAGUGGAAGGGAGACGGGGCGGGCUGGGAUGUCAAGACUACGCCAUUGUUCUGGAUCACUUGGUGGGUUUCCGUGCCGCUGACGAUUUGUGUGAUUAUUCUGGCUGCGGUUUGGCAGUGGUGGAUGUCUGGGGAGAAGAAGAGGUUUGUGUGGAGGAAGAGAGAUGGUGGUUCUGAAACAACGGAGAAGAAGGUAUCAUGA